CCGUUGUGUCUCAGUCGUUUUUCUACAGUUGAUCGUUGGGGGGCGCUUUAUGUCCACUUCAUACAGUAUUGCCCAGCCACUUUCACUGUACUGGUUAUUGGCAUUACUCUCUUAGUCAUCCCAUAGUGUCUCCCUAAUUUUUGGACUCUAGUAUUGCUUUGGGAAAAAUAAGACUCGAGGUGUAAGAUUGCAUUCAACAGUAAGCAAAAGGCAGUCCAUGUGUUUCUUCAUGCAGUAAUAGGGAGACAGGAGGUAAAUGCAGCUGCAGUCAGAAGAAUACAGCUUUUGUACUGUAUGGUUUCUAAAUGGGUCCUGUUUUGAGUUGAGUGGAACUUGUGUUACCUAUAAGAGGCCGCUUUAGGUCUGUGCAGUAGGAUUGGAGCAUCAUGAUGGACUUCCCUCAACAGCAGCAAGCUGCAGAUGGAAGCAUGAUUUAUCCUCCUGGAGUUAAGGAAAUCACUGAUAAAAUAACAAGCGAUGAAAUGAUCAAAAGGCUGAAGAUGAUUGUGAAAACAUUUAUGGACAUGGACCAGGACUCCGAAGAGGAAAAGCAACAGUACCUCCCACUGGCAUUGCACUUAGCUUCUGAAUUCUUUCUCAGGAACCCCAACAAAGAUGUACGUUUGCUUGUCGCUUGCUGUUUGGCUGACAUCUUUAGGAUUUAUGCUCCAGAGGCACCGUACACGUCUCAUGAUAAGCUAAAGGAGAUCUUCUUGUUCAUCACAAGACAACUAAAGGGCUUGGAAGAUAAUAAAAGUCCCCAGUUUAACCGUUACUUCUAUUUGUUAGAGAAUUUGGCAUGGGUCAAAUCAUACAAUAUCUGCUUUGAAUUGGAGGACUGCAAUGAAAUCUUCAUCCAGCUUUUCAAAACCCUAUUUUCUGUAGUCAACAAUAGUCACAAUCAGAAGAUACACCUACACAUGCUGGACUUAAUGAGUUCUAUAAUUGUGGAAGGGGAUGGAGUAAGUCAGGAGUUGCUCGACUCUAUUCUUAUAAACCUUAUCCCGGCGCACAAGAAUCUUAAUAGGCAAGCAUAUGAACUUUCGAAGAUGUUGUUGAAGAAGACAUUGCAGACUAUUGAGCCAUGUAUUGCUAAUUUUUUUAAUCAGGUUUUGGUGCUUGGAAAGUCGUCUGUGAGUGAUUUGUCAGAACACGUAUUCGAUCUGAUUCUGGAACUUUUUGCAAUUGAUCCUCAUUUAUUACUGUCAGUCAUGCCACAGCUGGAGUACAAACUAAAGAGUAAUGAUGGUGAAGAGCGUCUGGCUGUUGUUCGACUUCUCGCCAAGUUGUUUGGCUCCAGAGAUUCAGAUCUUGCUACACAGAAUCGUCCCCUCUGGCAUUGUUUUUUGGGACGAUUCAAUGAUAUCCAUGUGCCUGUCAGGUUGGAAUGUGUCAAAUUUGCGAGUCACUGUUUGAUGAACCAUCCUGGUUUAGCCAGAGAUCUUACUGACUACUUGAAAGUUCGAUCACAUGAUCCAGAAGAGGCCAUUAGACAUGAUGUUAUUGUUACAAUUAUAACAGCUGGAAAGAGGGACCUUUCUUUAGUUAAUGACCAGCUGCUUGGAUUUGUAAGGGAAAGAACACUGGACAAAAGGUGGAGAGUGAGAAAAGAAGCAAUGAUAGGCCUUGCUCAGUUGUACAAGAAAUACUGUCUUCAUAAUGAAGCUGGGAAAGAAGCAGGAGAAAAAGUAAGCUGGAUAAAGGAUAAGCUUUUGCAUAUCUACUACCAGAACAGCAUUGAUGACAAGUUGCUUGUUGAAAGAAUAUUUGCCCAGUAUCUCGUUCCCCACAGCCUCGAAACUGAAGAACGAAUGAAAUGUCUUUACUACCUUUAUGCAAACAUGGAUCCUAAUGCAGUCAAAGCUUUGAAUGAAAUGUGGAAGUGCCAGAAUAUGCUACGAGGUCAUGUGCGGGAAUUACUUGACUUGCACAGAAUGCCAGUUUCUGAAGCCAACAGCACUGCGAUGUUAGGAAAACUUGCAAGUAUAGCAAAGAACCUUCCUGACCCUGGGAAAGCACAAGAUUUUAUGAAGAAGUUCAAUCAGGUUCUUGGGGAGGAUGAAAAGCUUCGAGCACAGUUAGAACUCUUGAUAAGUCCCAACUGUUCCUGCAAACAAGCAGAAAUUUGUAUGAGAGACGUAGCCCGUAAACUAGGGAAUCCAAAACAGCCAACUAACCCUUUUCUGGAGAUGGUAAAGUUCCUCUUGGAAAGGAUUGCACCAUUGCAUAUUGAUUCAGAAGCUAUCAGUGCACUGGUAAAAUUAAUGAAUAAAUCAAUAGAAGGUACAACUGAUGACGAAGAAGAAGGUGUAACACCAGACACUGCCAUCCGAGCAGGACUUGAACUGUUGAAGGUUUUGUCUUUCACACAUCCUACAUCCUUUCAUUCUUCAGAGACUUAUGAAUCACUUCUACAGUGCCUCAGACUGGAGGAUGAUAAAGUAGCUGAGGCUGCUAUACAGAUUUUUAGAAACACUGGGAAUACCAUAGAAACAGACUUUCCACAAAUACGUUCUACGCUUAUUCCCAUUUUACACCAGAAAGCAAAAAGGGGCACACCUCACCAGGCCAAACAAGCAGUCCACUGCAUCCAUGCUAUUUUCUCAAACAAAGAGGUACAGCUUGCACAGAUAUUUGAGCCCCUUAGUAGAAGCCUGAAUGCAGAUAUUCCAGAACAGCUUAUAACUCCUUUAGUUUCAUUGGGUCAUAUCUCCAUGUUAGCACCAGAUCAGUUUGCUUCUCCAAUGAAGUCUGUGGUUGCCAACUUCAUUGUUAAAGACCUCCUUAUGAAUGAUCGGUCUACAGGUGAGAAAAAUGGUAAACUCUGGUCACCAGAUGAAGAGGUUUCCCCAGAAGUAUUGGCAAAAGUUCAGGCUAUAAAGCUGCUAGUUCGGUGGCUGCUAGGUAUGAAAAACAACCAGUCAAAGUCUGCAAACUCCACACUUCGAUUGCUGUCAGCCAUGCUAGUAAGUGAAGGAGACUUGACAGAACAGAAACGAAUUAGCAAAUCUGAUACUUCUCGUCUGAGGCUGGCUGCAGGGUGUGCCAUAAUGAAACUUGCUCAAGAACCGUGUUACCAUGAAAUCAUCACUUCAGAACAAUUCCAGCUGUGUGCAUUAGUUAUCAAUGAUGAGUGCUACCAGGUGAGACAGAUUUUUGCCCAGAAGCUGCAUAAAGCACUUGUGAAGAUACAACUUCCACUGGAAUACAUGGCAAUCUUUGCCCUAUGUGCUAAAGACCCCGUGAAAGAGAGGAGAGCGCAUGCUAGGCAGUGCCUUUUGAAGAAUAUUGGUGUACGAAGGGAAUAUAUUAAACAGAAUCCUGUCCCUGAUGAAAAACUGGUAACAUUAAUACCCGAGUAUGUUGUCCCAUAUAUGAUUCAUCUGCUGACUCAUGACCCAGAUUUUACAAGACCACAGGAUCUUGAACAGCUUCGUGACAUAAAGGAAUGUUUGUGGUUCAUGCUCGAGGUGUUGAUGACAAAGAAUGAAGACAACAAUCAUGCCUUUAUGAGAAGGAUGGUGGAAUGCAUUAAACAAACCAAAGAUGCUCAGGCACCAGAUGACAUGAAGAUCAAUGAAAAACUAUAUACAGUGUGUGAUGUUGCACUUUGCGUCAUAAUGAGCAAAAGUACAGCAUGUAUUAUGGAUUCACCAAAAGAACCUGAGCUUCCAAUGAAGUUUUUCACGCCACCUGAUAAAGAUGUCAUUAAUGACAAAGCAUACAUUUCAGAUGAGACUCGAAUUUUGCUUUUGACAGGAAAGCCUAAACCUGCUGGUUUAUUAGGCACAGUAAACAAAAUAUCUACAGCUGGAAGGAGGCCGUACAACAGAAGUACCCCAAUAGACACUUUAAGCAGUGUCUCAAUGAAUGUCAGUAUGAACGUUAGUAUGAACUCUGAUCUCAUCUCCCAGUCAGGCAACAGAACAAGAGAGUUGUGUACACAGAUUCCAGGAAGUGAAACUUCUGAAAAUGAAGAGAACCCAGUAACAAUAAUCACAGUUACUCCUGUAAUGGUUGAUUCUGUCAAGAACCUCCAGGAGGUUAAUUCUGUGCACGCCAUGUCAAGAACAGACAGUGCUGAAAUAGAAAAGAAUAUACUAAUAAUAGAUACCGAAACAGGGGAUGUACAUAGCGUGCAACAAGAAAAUCGAAUUAAUGAAGCAUUAAUGCAUACUAUACCCAAGCCUAUCAACAUGGACCAGGAAAAUCUAGUUAAUGAAGCAUUAAUGCAUACUAUACCCAAGCCUAACAACAUGCAACAGGAAAAUCAACUGAAUGAAGCACUAAUGCAUACAAUACCAAGGCCUAACAACAUGCAACAAGAAAUUCAAGUGAAUGAAGCACUAAUGCGUACAAUACCAAGGCCUAACAACAUGCAACAAGAAAAUCAAGUGAAUGAAGCAUUAAUGCGUGCAAUACCCAAGGCUAACAACAUGCAACAAGAAAAUCAAGUUAAGGAAACUGUAAUGCAUACUGUACCCAAGCCUAAGAGGGGCCGUCCUCCAAAAUCAGAAUCUCAGGGGAAUACAAGAAAAAAUGAAGAUAAAAUAAAAAAGACAUCAGGUAGAGGGAAAAAAAGAACUGCAGUAACUCAAGGAGGUCCAGGAGGCCUUCAGGAAGUUAAUGUAAAAGUACCAAAACAGGAUGUAACAGAAUGCACUGUACCAUCAAAACAGAUAGCUGUACAAAGGUAAGAAGAAUUGCACAAUGAGAAGAGAAAAUGCCAUUCAAAAUGGACUGCAUUUGUGGCAAAUAAACAUAAUUUGAAAUACUUGUACAAAAACUGAGAUUACUUAUUAUGGCUCUUUUGCCCUAAACAGAAAGAGAAAAGUUUUGGUUUCCAUUUUAGAUAUUUAAAGUAAAUAUCUUCACAGUGGAACUGAAAAGCAGAAACUCUUAAAGGAGGCUAAAAGCAUCUGUACUUAAUAUUACCCAGAGACUUUUUAUGAAAAGUCAUUAAUUAAGCAAAUUGCUUAACAUGUGCACCCUGUACCUACAUGUAAUUUUACUAGUGCUAUUUUCCGUUAUAAUUUUCAUAUUGCGUUGUUUGCUAAAAGCUGUUUUAACUGUUACUGCAAGUUUUCACACUGAUAAGAGAAUUUUGCUAUAGAGCCAAAUACCCGAACUGUCUGUUACUCAAGCUGAAGAAUGACCUGCAAAGUGAUAAAUCUUCAAGGUGUAAGCGGCUGGAAAAAAUAACUGGAGGAUACAUUUCAGAAUAUUAUCUGUCGGGUUAGCGUUACUGUAAAGUUCUGCCCUUUUAGUAGUGAAAUCUAGCAAGCAGUUCUCGGCCUUCAGCAGUGAAAUACUGAGGGAGCAGCUUUGGAUUUUUUUUAUCAAAUUGGUAAAAGAUCCGGUAUACUUUUAUUAAUUAUUCCCUGUAAACAUGUCAUAUUUUAAAAUUUGACUUUGUUUUUCUUUCACUUUAGUGUAUCAUGUUUAAAAAUGUAAUUACUGAUGUGAUUAUUUUGACAGCAUCUUUUGAUAUGGUUUUAUUUCAGGUUUUCAGAUAUAUGCCUAGAUACCUAAGAGUCAGAUAUUUGGUUUUAUAAAACAUACCAUCUUGUUUUUAAUAAUAAUAAUGCAAAAAAUUCACUUUUUUAAAAGUAUUGGAUUUUGGCAGCUUUGUAAGAAAAGUCAGAAAUGUUUAGAAUUGUUCUGAAUUUUAAGCAUUGUGUUGACUGGACAAGUCUUUUUCCAUGUCUGUUUCCCUGUCAAGAUUCAUUUUAUGUUUAUUUUAGAGUAAUAAUAUUGCAUCUCCUUUACGUUCCUUGGCAUUGUUUAACAUAGGUAAUAGUGUACACUUUUAUGUACAUCAAAUCAUAUUUAAGUUUUUGAUGCAAUGAAAUAAAAUACUUUUAGGUGUCAUA